AUGGCGGCCGAUCGCUCACCGCAGCCUCCCAAGGCGGCGUGGGAGCGUCGAAAGCACAUCAUCCGGAGAUGGUACUUGACCGAAAAUCGAACUUGUGAAGACAUCCAAAGAACGCUCGAAGCCGAUGGCUUCAAAGUGAGCGAGAGGCAAAUCAAAAACAGGCUUAGCGAGUGGAAAUUCGAGCGCAAGAAGACCCCCUUUCAGCAGUAUGUGGCCAUGUUGGUGGUCGCCGACUACUACAAGUCUCGCGGCGUGGAAAUCGACUUUGAGGUUCCGAAAAGGGAGGAACGGGUGACUUACACCGCCCAGAAGGUCAGGAAAGAAUGCGAGAGAGUCAAGAAAAGAUACGCUACCCGUGGUCAGCCUUUGGCGCUACCUUCUCUCUCACAUGCUCAGGUUCUUCUGGAAGAGAACAAAAUCUCGUGGUGUGAGAAGCAUUUGAUGGUGCGGCCGAAUAUCGUCGGACAGGACCAUCGCUACAACGGGCUUCUGUCGCCGUUGAGCGUACGACCCCAAGAAUCACCUGCCGCAAGUUUCUCCCUCGUGGCGGAGAACGAGCCAGUGCCGGUGCGGGAUAGCAGAUUUCCGGGUAGCCCUAACAUUCUGGACCAAGAAAGUUACUCCCCAGUGUCAAGCCUGCCGUCGUGCUCCAGCUGCUCGAAAUGGCAAAUCCAUCUGGAGUCUAUGUCAUAUGAAAACAGUGCACCAAUGUGUAUCCCGGAAAAGACGGAUACGCCGAUGACCAUACAUACGCCAGAGACCAUGUAUUCGCAUACAAGCACCUUUCCUCUGAGACUCAGGCGAUCGCAUCCAGUUGUGCCCGUCUUCCAGUUCGACCCUUCAACCAUGACUUCAAACUUCAGUCCAGAUUUCACUCACACGGCCUCAGUACAAUGGCCAAGUUUGACGCCUUCACCGCAUGCUCCGGUCCUCCGAACCCUUCCGGCUCUGAGAAACCAAAGCCCUGUAGCGAGUCUAGCCGAUUUCGACGAAGAGGCCCCGGAAUCCUCUACAGCCGUUGUCAAGUGGUCUCGCUCGGAGUUCACCAUCUGUAGACGAUGCUCACCGCCCCAUUCUCAUCGGGACUUCGAUUUCAAUGAAUCAAUCGACUCUCUGGAGAACAAAUUUCCUUUGGUCAGGACCAAUUACCUUGAUAUGCUGGCCUUUUCAGGUAACACAAAGUUUGACGACCACUUGAGUGCCGAACUCCACAAGCUCACUGCCAGCCAGUGGGCCGCGCCUUAUUAUAUGCAAUGCUCUUUCAAGGACGUUAGGAGAGACGCACUGGAGCGCAGCAAAGCACACUCAAUGAAUGCUCUACAGUACGCACUGGAACAUAAUAAUGAGUUCAUUCUUCCGGCACUUAGCUGGGUGAUAUUGGUAUUGGGACAAACUGAAAGAAAGCAGCUGCUGGCCCAUUUUCUCAGGGAUAGCUGCGCCCUCAUUGAUAAACAGCCCCGGGUGCGACGGAGCUUCACUUACGCCACACCCUUCCGCUAUGCCUGGGCCUGGGCGAGAGACGACGAGGAAGACAUGAACCGCAUCGGCGACGAUCUGGAGCGCUCCCACAUGCAGAUCGGGCAGAUCUGGGGCAUUGAGCACCCGAACUACUUUGUCAGCGGGUAUCUCUUCGCGUGGCAUCUGAUUCGCAAGGGCGAGUACGACAAAGCGAUUCAGAUGCUAACCGACAGUCUACCGGUCUGCGAAAGAAGGAUGGGUCGACACGAUCUGCUAACUGUCAGUUGCCUGGCCGUUGUUUCCCGAGCGCAUUCCGAGAUCGGGAACCUCCCCUUGGCAGUCGAGUAUUGCCAGAGGGCGAUGGCGGCGACGGAGUUGCUUGUCGCCGACCAAAAUCGCAGCAAAGUCCAUCGUCCUGUGUUGCAAAGUUUCAGCUUGGAACUGCUGGAGCGGCGUGCUUCCCUUACGCUCCACCUGCGUGACCACCUCAGUGCAGAGAAACAGAUGUGGCGAGUCUUCCACCUCCGUGGUCAUCUCGACGGGCUACACAGUGGUGGCACUUGGAGCGCAGCGCAAAAGUUGGGCCCAAUGCUCGAGCAAAGAGGAUACUCGGCUGCGUGGGAGGAACUCAUGGCUUUUAUCCGAGGCGGAUAUCGAUGGGAACAACUCAAUGCCUGGUAUAAAGAGGAUGCAAGGACGCGGCAGCCUCCCCCACCACCGCCCACAGCUCCACCUUGCUGGUGGCCAUUCCGCAGGAAAGACGGGCAAAUGGGGUGUCCCGCAUGCCCCGAGGCGGAGCAAUUCUACAACUUCUCGACUCGCCGUAUCCUCUCGCCUCAUCAUCUGGAUCCAUGUUUUGGUAUGGUGUUGGAUACAGAGUGUUGA